AUGUCGACCAGCGAUGAUGGCAUGCGGACAAACAUCCUGGUUUCGGAUGAUGCAGUAACAUUACAAAACUUGGGGCUGCAUCUUCCACUGACCCCCGUAUCGAUCUCCUCGAGUUCCGAUUCCUUUGUUAGUAUCCCGGAUCAUCUCGUCUCUUUGGCCGCACUCGAACAUCUGGGCUAUAACUCGGAAACUGCAACUCGUAUCUGGGAGUAUUGGAGUAACUGGCCACCUGGUGAGCCCAAGAGGAAGACUGAUGACAUCUACCAUGGUGUCCCAUUCAUUGACGUCGCCGAAGGUCACCUUGAUAAUUCUCCCGAUACCGGCGCAGAGAAUGAUGCCGAAUGGUUCCACUGCAUGAAUUUGUAUGGAAUUAACCACGAGCUCCAGGAGGCACUCAUGGAUCCCAAAUUCCGAUCAAUCCGCCUAACCGAGUCAUGCAAGUUCUGGAUUUGGGACACCUUUCAGUUACGCAACCGCGCCCUCCAGGCAGUACAAGAAGCUUCCCGUGAGCGAGAUAUAGCUAGUCGGCGGGAAGCUUCCCGACCUGGACAAAGUAGUUCUGGUGGAUCUGGACGGCAAUCGAUUUCAGAUUCUUUGAGAAUGGUCCCUUGGCUAUCGCGUGAAACCGCUUUGUCGGAAGCUGCAACAACUGCAGCUUCAAGAGCACCGGGCCAUACAACCCUUUACACGGGAAUUGACCAAGCUCGCGUCACAAGAUUAUUCGACGAUGAUGGCAACGCAGACUUCGGAUGCCUUGUCUCCGCGCCACGAUGUGAUUUCUCCGGAAGACAAGCCGAUCUCUACUUCGCGGUUGACCGAGAAGUGGCCGAACAUUAUGCUUGCUAUAUCAAGCGCCGCAGCACGUGCAGCGGGGUUGUCAUUAUUCAUGCCAACAUCCCGAACUCGGUCAUCGUGUCCCUCUCUGCUCUCGACGUCCAGACUAUCUAUUGGCCUAGCGUAGAAUGGAAGUCGUUUAUCUUUCAUUGUCGACAGGGGAAAAAGCUCCCCCUGAACUCCGGAAAUGAAAUCACGGAGCAAAUGGUUCUGAAGACUAGGGAUGGACGUAACGCCGUCCAGUACGUGUUCAAAGGGGACGAUGGAGAUACUUUGUUAGAGGAGUCUAGCAGCGUAACUGUGUCCCCUUUGACAUCACAACAGUUUGAGACCUGGCCUGAGCGUGCCUGA